CGGGGCUCCCGGCACACGUCCCGCCUCCAGGUCCCACCUAGUCCCCCGGGCAACGCUCAUGGGUUUGCGCAACGUGUGUGCCCUGGAACUCACUCUGUGUCCGCCCGCGCCCUCCGAGCAUGGCUUAUCAUCUGGUUACCAUUUCUGAGUCGUUCUCCAGUGUGGUAGACGCGGCUGCCCAGCAACCCAGGCCCUCGGUCACAUGGAACCUGGGCUCGCCUUUGGGUUAUUCGACCGCCGCUCAGGCCACCACCAGUUCCGGCACCACCCCGGCCUGGACCUUCCAGCGCGAUAGGCUCGGCACUCACCCCGAAAUCAACGUAGGGACCCACCCGCAGAUCUGCUUCCUGCGGCCGCGGACAGCGCAGCUGCCGGUGCUCUUCAGCUUAAUGAAUUCCAGUGAAGCAGCAGUGAAAAAUUUUUUACCCAAGAGCAACUUACCCCGGGUGAUUAUUCGUGACAACCUCAGUGCACAACGAGUCUAUGAGAUGGAGAUAAGAGCUUCAGACAAGACCAAGAGAAAGAUGAGCCACUCGUAUGACCAUCUGAAGAAAAAGUUCAUGACCGACCAGCUCAGAAAGCUGGGGUGCUGGAGACGGGAAUCCAUGAACAUCCAGCAGUACCUGGAUAGCAUCCAAGUAUGCAAGGUCCAGUUCAACCUCCAUCCUCACAGGAAAAGCCAGCCACCCUAGUCAAGGCAGAAUAAUCUGCCCCUGAACCAUGAUGACACUAGACUACAGGAGGAGGAGACGUAGAAACUAGCCAGCCUACACCAUCACAGAACCAUAAUAAACUAAGAUCAGCGGACAGUGGA